AUGAUUCUACCUGGAAGAGACGAGAUCACACGUUCCGAAUCUGAGCACGGAGCAGCAGCCGCAGAAGACGACGAUUAUGCUGGCGCUGGACCUGCCGGCCCCCUGGACGACGACACCCAGGAGGACGGUGGCGGCCACCGUCACGAGCCCGAGCAACAGCAGGAGGAGCCGGCCCACCCGGCCGCGGAGGGGCCACAGCCCAGAGAGCGGGGGCAGCGGCGCUACCGCACCGCCUUCACCCUGUUGCAGCUGCAUGAGCUGGAGAACGUUUUCCAACACACUCAAUACCCCGACGUGUUCGCGCGAGAGGAAAUUGCAAGACGCCUGGAUUUGACUGAAGCCAGAGUGCAGGUUUGGUUUCAGAACAGAAGGGCCAAGUGGAGGAGAUAUCAGAGGGCUCUAAUGUUCAGAAGUAUACCUCCCGUCGCCCUGGUCCCCCCUGUGGGGGUCAUGUUGAAUGGGCCCUAUAAUGCCAUCCCUGUUCUGGAGCCUGCUUGGAGAUAUGUUCCUCUGGUUCCACAGCCAGUUGGACGACCUAUGCCGCCUGGGCCACCGUGCCACCUGGGAUUCCUAUGCCAGCCAUGCAGCCUGUGCCUACCUUUGGCCUGGCCCAUGUAG